GACUAGUAUGCCCUCCGGCGCCCUGUUUUCACCGGCGUCCGGAUCCAGCAGGAAUACGCGCUGCCUCAGCCUUGGGAAGAGUGAGAACGGUUGCUGAACCCAAAUAAAUGAGAAUACAUGCUAUAGUCGAGGAUCUGAUCUGGGAUGCCGUGGUCUUGGCAACGCUUUCUGGCUAGUUUCCAUAGCUGAACUGAACUCAAACUGCAGACUGCAGAGGAGUCACUUUUGGAGUUUGGUAUCCAGUACUUGCUUUGCAGGUCGGCACUGCAACGCAGCUUCACUCGAAAACUCACUCUGGCUAAAGAUGCCCUGCUUCUUCCGAGAUGGCUACCCUCUGAAACCUCGCGUUAUCAGACCGGUAGUCUCCCCGCGGCACAUCCUGCUACUGGCGCUACUCUCGGUACUCCUAUACGGCGAGUGGUACGACCUGUGGCACACUGCGCGCGCCUGGCCGGCCCUGCCUGGAGAGCACCCGUCCGGCAGUGUGCGACUCCUGCUGGUGGCCGAUCCUCAGCUCCAGGGGGAGAGGAACGAGCCGGCCGCGCCGCUGGGAACCGUCACACGGUGGGAUUCUGACAGGUUCAUGCGCCAGGGCUUCUGGCGGGCGUUCCAGCACGUGCUUCCUGAUGUGGUGGUCUUCCUCGGGGACCUGCUGGACGAGGGCAGCAUCGCCUCCCCCGAGGAGUACCGCCGCUACGUCAGCAGGUUCUGGAGCAUCUUCAGCACGCCCAGGAACAUCAAGGUGGUGUCUGUGCCCGGGGAUAACGAUAUUGGCGGCGAGGGCUCGGAGCCGGUCAAACAGGACAAGGUGGCCGCCUUCCGGGCAGAGUUUGGGGGAAAGGACACUGCCCUGGUGGACUUUGUCCAGUUCUACAAGAUCGGCACCAUCCCGCCGCGGUCGAACCACACGCGGCCACCGCUGUCGGACGGCAUUAACGUCAUGCUGAGCCACUUCCCGCUGACGGCUUCCGUGUCAGCGGUCAACCACGAGGCCCUAAGGCGCCUCCGGAUCAACCUGAUUUUCUCGGCACACUCGCACACUUCCUUUGUGGGUAUAAGAAGGAAGGAGACGGGUCACAGUCUGAGGAUGGAGGGCCUCAACUCGCCGGCACUCGAGAGCAUCAACCUCGAGGACGAUAACACGGUGGAGAUUGUCGUACCGACCUGUUCAUACCGGAUGGGCGUCAGAACAAUGGGCUACGGAGCCGCCGUCAUCGACCGUGCGGGCCGGGUGAGUUACGCGGUGCUGUGGCUGCCGUCUCGGUUCAAACACCUGCACAUCUACCUGGCUGUGGCUCUUUGCGCCGGUGUGGUGCUGCUGGCCUGUCGGUGCUGCCGAACGGACCGACAGCGCGCCAGGAGCCGGGCCCGGCUCCCCGGCGUCUGACUCCCCGGCGACUCUGACUCUGGCGACUCUGACUCUGACUCCCGACUCUGGCGACUCUGACACUAACUCGACUCUAACUCCCGACUCCCCGGCGUCUGACUCUCCGGCGACUCUGACUCUGGCGACUCUGACUCCCCGCCGUCUGACUCCCCGGCGACUCUGACUCUGACUCGACUCUGACUCCGACUCUGACUCUAACUCUGACUAACUCCCGACUCCCCGGCGUCUGAGUCUCCGGCGACUCUGACUAUGGCGACUCUGACUCUGACUCUGACUCUGACUCCCGACUCUGACUCUGACUCUCCGCCGUCUGACGCUGCCGCCAGCCGGGGUCUGAAGUCGUCCAGAGAUUCUUCAGUGGUCGGUAGGACCGUUAUCAAUAUCGUUAUCGGUAGGAUUGUUAUCAGUUAACCAGCGGUGUAACGCUGGAUAGGCUGUUAGGCAUUGUUAGGGCCUCGGGGUUAGGUACACCAAAUGCCGGUGUUUUAAUCGGUGUUAACUCGUAUAUGAGGCGUUAUUUAACACAUUGAUGUGUGUUGGGUGUCAACGUUUUUCGUACAAGGGGGUAACUUCUAUCCGACCUUUGGCAAUAGGAAGCUGUUGGCGUUUUAUGGAGUCAUGUUCAUGUGUGCCUCUUGCUGUUGAGCGCAAGUGUGAAGAGGUUUAAUUCACCUCCUAUCGUGAGUCACAGGGAUCUACACUCUACACGGUUAUCUAGCGGUGGCAUUAGGGGAAUAUGUCUUGGUGUGCUUUCCUCGUGUUGUUAGAUGGUGUUAAAUAAGUCGAUACCAACACUUUUAAACGAGCGUCGUCCCGGCAAGACACGAGAGUUAGAUAACUCCCUUCGCUGGGCCGGCGAGUUCUCUCAGGGUAACUCUAUGGUAACUCUAUGGUUACUAUGGUAACUCUCCGACAAUCCGUAAAAUGUGUGCCAAAUUCGUGGACAUGCCUGUAAUGGCCAUCCUAUUUUUCACGUUUGUGAAAAUGUUCACAGACGAACCGUUGGAUCACACAGGGUCAUUGGGCUAGAUAAGGCAUAAAGUGCGAAGGAAUCCAGCAAUACUUCCAGCAAUCACAGUUGCCAAGCUCUCUCAGCUAGGUCUAUAUCUGGACGGGAUGAAUGUGUGGAUACGGUGCAAUAACCUGACGAGUUUCGGUAACUAAAGGGAAGUGUGUCAUUCAGUGGAUUUGGUGACUUACAUUCGAUUAUACGUUAGUUGUUUAUCCCUCGGAUAACUUAAGAACGAUUUUAAGUUAAAACGGCUUGCUACUGCCAUGUAUGUUUCCAUUGUUCUUGAGGAAAUUCAGUAUAGUUCCCAACAACCGUGCAGUUCAUUUCAGAGGGUCAGCCCAGAUUUAGGUGCGUGCGCGUAUGGCACUAGUUCUCGCCGUUCUGACGUAAUUUUGUGUAAAAUGCAGUCAGAUGUUUUAGUGUUUUGUGGUACGAUGUGCCCCAUUGCUGCUGGUGUGGAAGGGGCAUUUCGGUUCUAAGCCGGCAUGUCAUUUCUUAAAGUCGAGCUAGAGUCCCUCUAAGUUCGUUUGGUAGCCGGAACGCCGUAUGUUCAUGAAGUUCACAUUGCGUACUUGGUCGUCCAGAGAUGUUGCAACUGUUGCUAACCAAGUGUGUUUCGAGUGGCCUGCGGCAGUGCGUUGUCAGCACGUGCCAUACAGGCCACAGAUCUCCUGGUUUUUAAUGUGACUUGUGUAGGGGUGCUGUACGUUUUGGCCCGUCCUACAGUGCGCACUGUUGUACGGAGUUGUGGUGUGUUUUCGAGGUAGAUGAUCUUAAUAUGACCGUUUGUUCGUGCGC